UUUUGCGUUUUUAAUGUGGCCACUAGAAAACCUAAAACUACAACGCAGCUCUUAUUUGUGGCUAGCAUUAUUUUUCUGUUGGACAAUGCUGGUCUACAAGUGUUGGCAGCCAGAACCAGGAGAAAAAAGAAAUUCCACUGAAAAGCUCUUCCUCAAGGAAUAAAACCUCUUUCUAUAACCCCAGAAUCUGCCUCAUUCAAACAAAGGUUUAGCCAAACUGAUGGGAAAAAGUGCCUGCUAAACCAACUACAUUACCAGUACAAAUGAAAUUACCGUGGAAAGUGUAUAACCACUAAAGAUAAUAAGUUGUUCUCAGGCACACUUUACAUAUAAGCAAUUGAUUAAGUAAUGAUGACUCAUUCUUAUCCAUUCAGUAAGGCAGGCCUUUCAGGGACCAGCGGUGGAAGGAAGUCACCCAACCAACAAGCAAUCAAGAAGAAACUUACUCACUAAGCAUCUACUCAAUUCUGAGAAGGUGACAGAACAGCCCGUGCAUCCCCACCCUCACGGAGUUCCAAACUGGCCUUGGUUAUUAUCUAGGCUUGAAAGCAAUGGAUGGGCAAAUAAGCCAUACUCCAGUCCUUUCCUAACCCAUGUCCACCCCCACUUCUACCACUGGAGUGGGCAGCGAGGUACUUUCUGUGUGUCUUACAAGGCAGGGAGGGCUGGGUGCCUUCUGCCUCUUCUUCCUACCUCGGUGGUUUGUUCACCCAUCAGACCUUCCUUCCUCUCUCAACCAGCCUAGACUCCGUGGUAUGUGGUUAGGGUGGUUUCCAACUUGUAGGCCAUCUUUCUGUUCCCCAAAGAUAACAGUGAGCAGUGAGUAUUUACUUGCUGGAGGUGUUAUCUAAGAUCAACACUGGUAGCUCCUGCCUCCUGGGCCCUCCAGGGUCAGGGAUAAGCAGAGGCUUCAUGUCGUGAGUAUGUGAGCAUUUGUAGUUCCCAAGGAAUGUAAAUCAGCCCCCACAGAUGGCUGAGAUGGGGCUGCUUGUUUAGCACAAACACUGGGCUUCCUAUAUAAGGAGCACACCGUUACCAGGCACCACCUCUGCCAGGAAUCCCAGGUCCCUCAGUCCCCUACCUAGCUGAGGCCAUGCUCUCCACGGGGACCAUCUGCAGCCUGCUGCUCCUCAGUGUGCUCUGGGUAGACUUGGCCAUGGCAGGAUCCAGCUUCCUGAGCCCCAAACACCAGAAAGUCCAGCAGAGAAAGGAGUCCAAGAAACCACCUGCCAAACUGCAGCCCCGAGCGACAGAAGGCUGGCUCCACCCAGAAGAUGGAAGUCAGGCAGAAGGAACAGAGGAUGAGCUGGAAAUCCGGUUCAACGCCCCCUUUGACGUUGGGAUCAAGUUGUCAGGGGCUCAGUACCAGCAGCACGGCCGGGCCCUGGGGAAGUUCCUUCAGGACAUCCUCUGGGAAGAGGCCAAAGAGGCCCCGGCAGACAAGUGAUCAUCCCCAAGGCUGACCCCACCUCUUCAUUUUCCUCCCAAUCUUAGCGGCUCUCAUCUUGCUGUUAGGUUGCUUUUGC